AUGCCCCUCCUCAGCGCUCCUGGGAUAUUUACCUACAUGCGAAAGAGGCACUUCAUCCUCACCGAGUCACCGGCAAUGGCAUCAACAAUAGAGUCUCCAGCACUCUUAACGGCGCCAAACAUAGACCAGGAUCCAAACAUCAUCUUGAUAAUUGAGGCAGAACCCCGAACCCAUGGAGCUGAGGCCUUGGUAUUGACACACAACAGGGCCCGCUACUUUCCUCCUGACGAAUUCUCUCAACCUGGGAGUCGAGAACACACUCCAUCUCCAGAGCCGGAAGGGUCUAAGACAUCCUGGACAAAGAAAUACCAUCACCUUUGUCUGACAGUUGACAAACCGCCGAAAAAUGCCGGGCGAGGAUUCUCGUUCGGCAGUGAUAAGACAGUAGUUCAAUUUUACAUUACAUUUGAUGAACAGGGGCGCCUUAUAUUGAAAGAUGAGUCAACUCAUGGGACGGCUCUCAGCUACGAUGGCUGGGGCGGAGCUCUCAGGCGACGUCGAUUUCAGUGGAUUCUAUUCCCAGAAUUUACGAUCCAAAUCCACCUCCCUAACUUCACACUCGACAUUGUGCAAUUAAAAAUCCGUUCUUGCUACCUAGGAUAUCAGAGAAAUCUUACAAAAUUCUUGGACAACAGUCGCGAUGCCGUCCUCGCCCUUGCGGGAUUAGAUGUGCAAAGCCAUAGAUCUGGAUCAAACCGAUCACUUAACAGACCCAUAUUCUCCGGGACAACAAGCUAUCUAUUUUCCCCAAGCAGUUCUUGUGAUUUUGGACUAUCCAAGGACAUCCCUUUGCUGAAGACAAAUCGUGGGACCCGAAGUUACAAACCUCCAGAGUUUUUUAGAGUUUACCAGCAGCGUAAGUUAGAGAAGGAUCCACAGAAGCGUGCAAGCUUACUCUAUGACAACAAAGUUGAUGUAUGGGCUCUGGGGGUGGUUGUUUUACACCAUAUUGUUGAUCUGACCGACGAGGAAUUACCCUGGUACGAACAAAUUACUCAUAUUGUCAAGGAUAUGCUCCAGCACCGACCUGAUGACCCGUUUAUUGCUCUCUUGAGCAAAAUGUUACGGAUGAACCCAUCGACCAGGCCUUCAUCGGAAGAUUGCUUCCAAGAAGCAAUCAGGACCGGCAUGGCCAGCCUAGGGGACCUGAAAGAGGACAAAAACUCCAAUGAUGACAAUACAUCAGGCCCAAUAACAGCUGAAGUUUUGAAGCCAGAAUUAGUGUCCCCCAACGCACCAACUCCCAUAGUAUCAUGCACUAAUCGCGUCCCAGGAGCUCAGCGAGAUCCGUCACCGACGAGGCCGAGUGGACAUCGGACCAAACACCCGCGGAUAAACCAAAUAAGUCUAACAAACCGACCGUACUACUCCAUGGCUAUGGAAAUUCUGAACGAACUACACCUUCGUGGAGCUCUCAUCGAGAUUGAAAGGAACAAUCAAGAAAUUCAAUAG